GUUUGACAGCAGGUCCCGUUUUUUUUUUGUUUUUUUUUUUUACCUUUCUUUAUUCCUCCCUGCCUCCCUCUUUCUUUUCUCUAUUUAAUACUCCUUGGGCUGCCGUGUGGCUGCGUGUGUGUGUGUGCGUGCGUGCAUGUGUGUUUGUAUUUAUUUAUUUAUGCAUCUUAUGUUAAAGUAUCGAGGCUUUCCGUUGUAGCCCCGUUCCUCAAAUGAGAAGACGUAAACGAUGGAGCUUCAUAUUUUAGAGCACAGCCUGAAAGUGGCGAGUAUAGAGAAAGAGGGGAUCCAGAUUUGCACUCACGGAUUAAUAAAACUCGCCUUCUUGGCCUCAAAAACAAGAUGCAAGUUCUUCAGUUUGACCGAGACGCCGGAGGAUUACACCAUCAUCGUGGACGAGGAAGGAUUUAAAGAGCUGCCUCAGUCGGAGCACAUCAGCGUGGCCGACGCCACGUGGUUGGCCCUCAACGUGGUGUCGGGAGGCGGCAACGCCUCCAACUCGCAGCCCAUCGGGGUCACCAAAAUCGCCAAGUCGGUGAUCGCGCCGCUGGCCGACCACAACAUCUCUGUUUUCAUGCUGUCCACAUAUCAGACGGACUACAUUCUGGUUCGAGAGCGAGAUCUGCCGAUGGUCAUGCACACGCUGUCAUCCGAAUUCACUUUGCUGCGGGUGGUCAACGGGGAGACGGUGGCUGCGCACAAUCUGGGAGUCACCAACGGAUUUGUGAAGCCAAAGCUUGUUCCCCGGCCCAUCAUCCACCCUCUGUCUAGUCCCAGCAACAUGUUCUGCGUGACCAGCCUCGACCCGGACACGCUGCCCUCAGUCGCCACCCUGCUCAUGGACGUCAUGUUUUACUCUGGAGGGUCAAAGGAGUCGGGAGCGUUCGGCGAAGACUCGAGCCACAUCCGCUUCUUCUCCUUCUCGCUGAUCGAGGGCUACAUCUCUCUGGUCAUGGACGAACAGACGACUCAAAGGUUUCCAAACAAUGUCCUCUUCACGAGCGCUUCUGGUGAGCUUUGGAAAAUGGUUCGUAUCGGAGGACAGCCUUUAGGAUUUGACGAGUGCGGCAUCGUGGCUCAGAUAUCAGAACCUCUGGCGACGGCGGACAUUCCAGCUUACUACAUUAGCACCUUCAAGUUUGACCACGCCCUGGUUCCUGAAGAAAAUAUCCAAAGUGUGAUCGGAGCUCUGCGGACGGAGAGCACGACCCAGUGAAGGAAAGUCACUCUGUUCAAAACCUUUUAUCGUGUCCAAAAAGUGCCAAGAAGAGCUGAUUAGCAGACGACUGUGGACUGGCUCUGAAAGCAGAAGGAGGUGAAAGCACAGUGUGGGUGGAGGGAGGACGACGGUGUGAUGGGAGGCCUUUGUUACUUGGAUCUUUUAGCCUUUUCUUUGCCCUCGUCCUCCUCUCCGACUCCCUCCGCUGCUCUGGUAGUUGUUGCUUUAGUUUACCAGAACGAGUAGGUUUUAUUUUUUCUUCUUUUCCUCUCUUCAGCUGCUUCUUCCCGCGCCCUGACCCUCGUGAGCACCAUACUGUAUUAGUUACAUAAUCCCUCUCAUGGAAGGAUGACGAAUGUACUCUGGAAAAUGACAGAUAUAUCUCAAGCUCUCCAAUUUUUUUUUUGUUGUUGUUGUUGUUGCAACAGGUCAUUUUCUCAGUGCCAAGUUUAAAUGCUUUUGUCAAAAUACUUAACGUGUGCAAUGGAAGGAGACGUAAGACAGACGGCGAUGUUUUUCUUUUUGUUUUUUGCUUUAAUUAGCUUGUUGUUGAACAUGCUUUAAUUACUGCGAUGAUGUGACCAGUUUCAUUCAGUUCUGGUGAAAACAUGAAGUGAAUACGGAAAUCUUGAGGAAUUUACUUUUCCGCGCUCUGAUAAGUUUCACACGUUCACACUGUGAGCAAACGGAGGGUCACGACUUCUGCCGCGCGAGUCCUUUAUUCAUAAGCUAGCAAGCCAAUGUUACGCAAUAAUAAUCAAUUACGUAGAAGUUAGAUUGAGACGAAAAUAAUCAGUGACUGACAGUGAUUUGAUCAUUUUAGUAGCUUUUCGACAUUUUCGCAAUACGAGGAAUCUUGCAAUUUGGUCCCGUGUUGACACGUCGUUUAUCAUUGGUCAGAUCACACUUGCUGUCUCAACAGUUAGGAUUGCGAGGCGGCUGCCGUCGUAUAAACGCUGUCACUGUUUCACCGUAAAUCAGUCGUCAACAUGAAACGGUAAAAUUUAGAUUUUUACUUGUCGCUGCGCUAUUUUGUGUGCGCAAAAUACCCCGCAUGGCGUUGUUUUUAACUGGUAUUUUAACAGCUAGCCCAAGAUACGUUUAAAUUAGGUUCUGCCUCAUUAGGACCAGGUUUUGGUCUCUAUGAGGACUACUGGUCCUGACAAGUCAGUGUUUGACAGAAAAGUUCGUACAGAGGAUGUUGAUGUGGAGAUUUUUGCACAAAAUCAAAAAACAGACGCUCCAUGUUUCCAGAUUAGUCUCCUCAUCGCCGCCAAAUGCAAACCUGUUUCGCUCACAUUUGUAAAUCCUUUCAAAAUAAAACACCGCACACUUCUGGUGACUCUGCAAUCGUGUUUGCUCACAGUGUAAACUCAGCGUGAACUCAGUGUGAACUCGCAGCGUGAACUCUGACGAUAAACACACGAAUCACAGUGUUUGCAUCUACGGGAGUAAAACAUGGAAAAUAAAAAUGACUGAGCCACUUUUGAGAGUGUACUACAAUAAUGACAUAAGCUAAGGCGGACACAGGUGGGAGGAACCCUGGUGUCUGUUUAGAUCUUGAACAUGCCCCUCCCCUUAACCCCGCCCCAGUCUGCACUUUAACGCAGGUCCCCGCCCACAGACCUGCCGUCACGAUGUGAAAACGGGGAGGAGGCCGAUAACUUGAGAGCGAUCGAUUCUGUCCAAAUGUGUUGGAUUUCUGUUGGUCUUAAAAAAGCAUUCAGUGAUGAUGUUUUUGUUUUUUUUCUUUUAUCAUUUGUUUUUACUUUGCACCUAACAGCGGCAGUUCUUCUGAUCACUUCUAAAUAGCAGAAACCUUGUAUUUAUCAGUGUUAAAUAUGUGAGGAAGUGACAUUGUCUUCUGAUUCCAUUUCAAAGAAAACGUCAAAAGCUUUUUUUUCAUUUGGAGCUUCUUGUGUGGAAAAAAAAAAAAAAAAAUUAAAUAAACAAGCUUCUUUGGUUUGA